UGUGGGAAGAGAAUCAAGAAGGACCAGCGCAAAAAUGGCAUUUAGUCUGGCCACAGAUUCGAGUCUCAGUACUCCUAGUGCUUCCAGUCCUACCACGUCUGUGAAUUCUCCUUCAGAUUCAUACAAGACUAAUGCUACAAUGACUAUUACUACAGUCAAAGCAAAAAGUUUUUCACCAGGUCCAACUUUUACUUGGUCUCAUACUUCCACCCGUGCCACUGCUACCUCAGUGGGUCAGGCACACCAGCCUGACAGUAGAGUAAACUCCUCUUCAAAAAUAUUACAAUCAUCAGAAGCAUCGAUAUGGAAGUUGGCAGUAGCUGUGACUGGAUUGGGAGUAACCAUGGGUGUCAUCCUACUGGUGCUGGGGCUUCUCACGUUCAAAAGAAGAAGUGAAACAUGUUCUCGAAGCAGGACAAAGGCAACAUCACCAGGUGAUUUUAUAUCAAUGACUAAAAUGAACCAGGGAAGAAUGUUACCUGCAGGUAAUGAUGGAGGCUCCAGUGUGAUCACUUCAGUACCUGAUGACAACUGUCUUACUAGAGAGAAACUAAACUUGGAGCAGACAAAAAAUGAAGAUUCUGACAUUUACCAUGUGUACGCCACCAUCUCUGAAGCAACAGAUCCACCAGAUUCACAGGACACGAUAUACAGCACGCUGAAUGCACACUGAAACACAGUGAAACAUGUUUGGUGACGUUGUUAGUAAAAUGUCUAAAAUGAUCUAAAUCAUGUCAAAGUGAGAAAAGUGUGACAGGUAAUAGAUGCAAUCUUGCAAAAAACCUUGAGCUUGAAUUGUUGUAGAUUUUUUUUUCUAUUUAAAGAUAACUGACAUGAUGAUGAUUUCAGCUUUAGUAUUUUUAAUAAGCGGAAUCUAGAGGAAUCUCUAUCUUUACUGAGGGCUAUGAAAUACAUCUCCCCUUAAUCUUAUCUGUACCCUGUCUGUUAUUGCACAACUUAAUAAAGCUGUUUAGUACUUCGAAUGUAUCUAUAUAAUACAACUCCAGUAUAUAAAUUUGUGUAGAUGAUGCUCUACUACUCUGAGUUGUGACAAUAACAUUAGCAGUUAGUCUUUUGUUACGUGCUGUGACUGCACACAGGCUUGUAAAAAUAGGCAACAUACAAUUGACCCUCAGCCCACCAACCAGCUGCAGUUUUUAGGUCAGCACACAAGACCAUUUUAGGCCAAAGAUUAUGAUGAUGAAAAAAUACAGGAAGAAUAAUGUACUGUAGUUGGUUGCUGCACUGCACAGCUGCUACAGUUUGCCUAGUAGUAGUAACAUAAUCAUGUGACAUAAAACAUUUAGUGAUGAUGAUACUUUGUAUCCACACAGGCAACAGAAGUAAAACAACAGG